AUGAACUCGGUCUCGGUUUUCAGAUUCUCACAGCUGUCCUUCGGCGUCGCCCGGACAAGCAUACGGCAUGGCCACACGAGGUCGCGCCGCCGAGCGCCGCAGCCCGAGCUCACCAACUUCGAGCCGGGCCACGGCGAGCAGAUCUGGGUCUACAGCCACCUGACCUCGAAUCAAGUGAUUUACUCGCACACGAAGCAACUCGACUCCAAUCGCGCGCUCCGUCAACUCCCCUUCAACGGCAAGAAGACCAAACCCGCCAAGCUCCGCCGUGACUACUGGGAGCCAAUGGCCCUGAUCCAGCUACCCAGCGGCGCGGGCGUGGCGGGCCAGUCAGUCUUCCAGAAGCUCCGCGAGUUCAGGCGACUCCACGAGCUCUGCUGGGACGAGUCGCUCCGCUUCACCAAGAACACGGAUACAUUCACGGGGGUCACCAAGACGCGCGUCCGCAACCGGCUCGAGCGCGGCGUGGCCCUCAACGACCAGCGCGCAAACUCCAUCGCCGAUAUGGCAGCCGUGCUUGCGGGCGUCGGCAGAGGCAGCCGACUGCUGGUGAGCCCGCAGGAGAAGAAGGCCGUCCUCGAGGAGGGCAAGACGCUGGUGGGCCGCAAGUGGUCGCAGAAGCCGCCGCCACCGACGGCGACGGUCGUGGCCAAAGAGGGCGAGGGCGAGGACGUGAGCAAAGCCGUCGAGGGCGAGGAUGCGAGCAACGUCAUCAAGGCCGAAGACGCGAGCAAGGUUGUCGAGGGCCCCGAGGAGCUGCUGCCCGCGACGAUAUACUGGGCCAACGAGGCUGAUCGCAACUUUGCAGAGCGGUGGUCGGACAACGUCACGCACGACGUGUUCGACAAUGUCAAGGCGGUGCUGGCGGAGAAUCAGUUCACGGAGGCCAUUGAGGAAGGGAGCGAGGCACUGGAGGCCGAGACCAAGCCACUGGAGGCAGAGACUAAGGCAGAGAAGGCUCUUGACAAAAGUCUAGUUUGA